UGAUCUUACUGCCAUAUUUCCCCCCUUAAAUUCCCUUUCCUCUUCUUCGUACAUAAAGUAAUAAAUUAAUUACCAGCCUAAAACAAUUUGGCAACUCCACCAAUAAUUCUGAAAACAUAUAUCUACCCAACAUAUCUCAGGGGAAACAAAAACAGAGCCGCCUCAAGAAAAUUUCAAUUCCAACCUCAUCAAAAAAAAUGGGGAGAUCACCGGAACUCACCUCCCACAAGUUCACAGCCAUGGCCAUCGCCGCUUUCUCAGCCAUGUCCAUCUUACUCAUCACCUCCAUCAUCUUCCCCAACCCAUUCUCCGAUCUCGCCCAGCAAUUCUUCUCCCCAAUUCUCAAGAACUCUCCCCCUGAACAACAACCCCCACAAGACCAAUCUUGCAUCAGUAGAACCCAGAAAGCCUCAUACCAGAAAAAAUCUCCAUCCCCUGUUCCAUCUCCAUACCUGCUCUCCAAGCUCCGCGACUACGAACGCCGCCACAAGAACUGCGAGCCUUUCUCCGAACCCUUUAACAGAACAUUGAAACUACUCACCGGAAAUUCAACUACCAACUCAACUGAAUCCGAUUACAGAUACGUCGUCUUUACGCUGCACGUAAAUGGGUUGGGGAACAGAAUGCUCGGCCUCUCCUCUGCUUUCCUCUACGCUCUGCUCACGGAUCGAGUCCUGCUAGUCGAUUUCGGCCCCGACAUGGCUGAUAUCUUCUGCGAACCAUUUAAGAAUUCCACCUGGUUAUUACCUGACGGCUUCCCCUUCAGAAACCAAUUCUACAGUCCCAAAUUUCGGGAAGCUCAUAGCUUCGGUACCCUGCUUCGUGACAACAGCAAUUUCACCCAAUCGGUCCCGCCUCUGCCGCCGCCGAUUCUCCAUCUCUUCCUCUCCUACGAAUACAACGAUUACGACAAGCUUUUCUACAGGGACGAGAAUCAGGAGUUUCUCCAGGGUGUCCCAUGGCUCACCCUGAGAUCGGAUCAGUAUUUCGUUCCUUACCUUUUCCUGAUGCCUCGUUUCAGGGCAGAGUUGGAGAGGCUUUUUCCUGACAAGGAGACAGUUUUCCACCACUUGGGGAAUUACCUCUUCAACCCUUCGAAUCAAGCUUGGGGGCUCAUCACCAGGUUCUACGACGCGUACCUGGCGAGAGCUGACGAGAGAAUCGGGCUUCAGGUUCGCGUUUUCAACACCAAAGCAAGUCCGAUCCCACUCGUCGCGAAGCAGCUUUUAAAGUGCACACAGAGUGAAGGGAUCCUGCCUCAGCUUCAAGUGUCAACAAAUUCCUCCUUUUCUUCUGUCAAGGUCACCAACAAUACAUCGUCGACGAAGACAAAGGCUGUCCUGAUAGGUUCGUUGUACCGCGAAUUCUACGAGGAGAUGAAGUACGCGUACUGGACGAGAGCGAGUGUGGAUGGUGGUGGAGAAUCUGUUGGUUUUCACCAGGCGAGUCAUGAAGGCAGCCAGAAUUCGGAGAGCAACUCGCACAACAUGAAGGCAUUGGCUGAUAUCUAUCUAUUGAGCUUGUGUGAUGUUUUGGUGACGAGUCGUUGGUCGACUUUCGGGUACGUUGCUCAAGCGAUUGGAAGGGUGAAGCCAUGGAUUCUGAACGUUCCGAAUACCAAUUACAGUGGGGAUAGGCUGCCGGAGCGGGCUUGUAGACGGGCGGUUUCUAUGGAGCCGUGUUUUCACUAUCCUCCAAGUUAUGACAUGAAGAAGAAGGUUGUGGUUGAUGGUGAAGUAGGGACGGGCCCUCCUGUUGUGCACUGUGAAGAUGUAAGCUGGGGAUUAAAGCUUGUCAAUGGCCGGCAAAUUGAGAGAUUGGAAUAAAGGUGUUUUGAUUUAGGUUUCUCUAUUGGCCGAUAGUUUCACUUUCUUGUCUUGUAGAGUAGAUGGACUUCAGUUUUGUUGAAUGGACUUUAUACUCUUUAGAAAGGAUCCUGUCAGUUUUGUUGUCUGGUACUGCUCUUUAGGCUGGUCACUAUUGUGUUGUUGUGGUUGCAUGGGGAGAUGGUGAUUUUUUUUACUACCGUCUUAUUUUUUGGCCACUAGUUGUGGGGAGGUUAAAAAACAGUGUCGCACCAA